AUGUCCUCCGUACCCAUACCUACAACAGUUGUAAACUGGGAUAUUCUGAAUGAAGUAGUGUCUAUGGACGAGGAUGAUCCCGGAUUCUCGCAGAGUCUAUUUGUGCAAUAUUUCGAUCAGGCAGAUACUACAUUCCAGCAGAUUCAGCGGGAGCUGGAGUCUGAGGCGCCCGAGUUGGCGGCUCUGUCGAGUCUAGGCCACUUUCUAAAGGGAUCGUCCGCGAGCCUGGGGUUACAGCGGGUAGCGUGGGCGUGCGAGCGGAUCCAGAACUACGGCAAGAGGGGAGAGGGCGCGGCGUCGGCGCAUGAGCCAGAUGCACACUACGUACAGCUCAUUUCAGAUACACUUCAGCUGGCGCGCGCGGAGGUCCAGGCGGCACGCAAGGAGCUGAGUGAGUACUACCACACCGAAUUAUGA